CGGCGGCGGAAGAGGGCGGAGGGUAGUGGGAUGGGGGGUCCCGCGGCAGCGCUGACACUCCGGGUGGGCGUCCAUGCCGCUGCUUGGCUGACAGGGCUGUGAGCAACCUCCUCUCGGCUUUCACCAACUCCCCGUCAGAAUAGCCGGUCCUUCCCGGGGAGCCAGUUCCUCCCCGGGCCCCAGAGCCAUGCCCAUCGCGGCCGCCCCGGACGAGCCAGGUGUAAAUUAAUUAUUUGAAAGCAGUUAAACAAUGGAGCCAGACAUCAUUCGAAUGUACUCUUCAUCCCCACCACCACUAGACAAUGGAGCCGAGGAUGAUGAUGACGAUGAAUUUGGGGAAUUCGGUGGGUUUUCAGAAGUUAGCCCUUCUGGUGUAGGGUUUGUUGAUUUUGAUACCCCAGAUUAUACUCAUCCCAAGGAAGAGUUUGUACCUUCAAACCAUUUUAUGCCAAUUCAUGAUUUCUCAGAAAAUGUAGAUAGCCUUACAAGCUUUAAGCCCAUUAAAAAUGGCAAUGAUAAGGACAUCACUGCCGAACUUUCUACUCCUGGGAAAGGACAGUCUGAUGUUUUACUUUCUGCCACCAGCAAAGAAAUAAUUCCAUCUAAAAUUUUAGAUACUUCCAUUGAUGGUGUGGAAAGUCUGGGAGAUUUAAAUAAAGCAGUGGAGCAGAGACAGAAUGUUGAAACACCUGAAAGUUUCUCUCCGGGAGAUUUUAGAACUGAUACGAACGUUGUUCAUCAAAACAAGCAGUUAGAGAGCUGCAAUGGUGAAAAUGCUCCUUGUCUGGAGAUUCUAACAAAUGGGUUUGCAGUGUUGGAAACUGUAAAUCCUCAGGGAACAGAUGAUCUGGACACUGUAGCCGACUCAAAGGGACUAAAGCCUCUUAGCACUCAGAGCACUGAGUAUAAUUUUGACUCUGCACCUAGUCCUGCUGAGGAAUUUGCAGAUUUUGCCACAUUUUCCAAAAAGGAAAGGAUACAACUAGAAGAUAUAGGAUGUACAGUUUUAAAUGAUAGAGAAGCACUAACUGUUCAGGAAAACAAUAAAAUUAACAGAGUCAGUGAACUGAGUUCUGUGAAAGAAGUGUCUUUGGACAGAAGCUUUGACAACAAAGGAGACGCUGAUGGAGAGAAGCAGGUUUGUGUGUCAGAAGUAAGCACAGUGAGUAACAGAGGGUUCAGUGUUGAGAAACAAGGCCCUACAACACUGCAACAGGAUGAAUUGUUAAAUUCUAGUGCUUUGUCAAACACUUGGAGCUCGGUAGACACAGCUGAUAAUUCAGAAGCCAGUAGGAGAGAACAGUGUGAAACUGAGGAAGAACUUGAUUUAUUUACUUCUAAAUGUGCUGACCUAUGCAUGGAUUAUAUUAAAACUAAUGAUGCUGAUAAUGAAGUUGGUUCUUCCAAAGAAGAAAUUAUAAAGUUUACUAUUUCCCAAAGCCCCGGCAUCGAUCCCACAGAAGAAAAUGUUUUAGAUGAUUCUAUAAGUAUAAAAAAUGGUGACAGUAGUAACGACUUUGUGACUUGCAAUGAUACAAACGAGGAUGAUUUUGGUGACUUCGGCACAGCCAGUGGCACAACUCCACCUUUUGCUCCUGGCACUCAAGAUUCGAUGAGCGACAUCACUUUUGAAGAGUCCUCAGAACACUUUCCACAUUCUAGUGAACCAGGUGAUGACUUUGGGGAGUUUGGGGAUACAAGUAUUGUUUCUUGCCAAGAAGAAAUUAUAUUUACAGAGUCAGACCUAAAACAGACUACUGAUAGUUUAUCAGAAGGAUGUCAGUUGGCAAGAAAGUCUACUGGGGCAGGCGUUGAACCUGUUUCAGAACUGGAAAAUGGGCAAGAAGGUGAGUUUGGAGAUUUUGAUUCUGUGCCAAAUAUUCAAGAUGACUGCAGUGCUUUUCAAGAUUCAGAUGAUUUUGCGGACUUCAGUUCAGCUGGUCCUAAUCAAGUUGCAGAUUGGAAUGCUUUUGAGGAUGGACAGAAAGAGAGUUGUUCUUGGGCUGCUUUUGGAGACCAGCAAGCUACUGAAUCUCAUCAUCGAAAGGAGGCCUGGCAGUCACAUAGGACAGAUGAAAAUACUGAUACUCCAGGAACCCCCAAAACCCUCAGUGUCCCUUUAGCAACUUCCAGAAGAGCAGUUGCUACUGGCCAGUUACAGGAAUCAGCCACUACAGUUCAGACAGCUUUACUAAACCGCCUGGAGCGAAUUUUCGAAGCAUGUUUUCCUUCCGUACUUGUCCCUGAUGCUGAAGAGGAAGUUACUUCUCUGAAGCACUUGCUGGAAGCAAGCACCUGGCCAGGAAAAACAAAUGAGACCUCAGCUGAGAGCGGGGAACUGCUGGAUGUGUGGACCGAGCUUCAGGAUAUCCACGACGCACAUGGCUUGAGAUACCAGUGGGGUGGCUCCCAUAGCAACAAGAAGCUUUUGUGCUCCUUGGGAAUAGACACCCGAAACAUUCUCUUCACGGGCAAUAAGAAGCAGCCUGUUAUAGUGCCCAUGUAUGCAGCAGGGUUGGGUAUGUUAGAGCCCACCAAGGAACCAUUGAAACCACUAUCUGCUGCAGAAAAAAUAGCUUCCAUCGGUCAGACAACUACCAUGUCACCAGAGAUGAACACAUGUACAUCUGAUCGAUUCCAGGAGUCUCUACCACCCGUCCAGUUUGACUGGAGUAGCAGUGGCCUUACUAACCCUUUAGAUGCUAGUGGAGGUUCCACUCUUCUGAACCUUGAUUUCUUUGGGCCCGUGGAUGACAGUAGCUCUAGCAGCAGCACCACAAUCCCAGGUGUGGAUCCAGAGUUGUAUGAGUUAACAACUUCUAAGCUGGAAAUCUCCACCUCAAGCCUCAAAGUGACUGAUACAUUUGCAAGACUCAUGUCCACGGUAGAGAAGACAAGCACAUCUACCAGGAAACCUAAAAGAGAAGAGCACUUAAGUGAAGAAGCCAUCAAGGUGAUCGCCAGCCUUCCCGACUUAACGUUCAUGCAUGCUAAGGUGUUGAUGUUCCCCGCCACGUUAACGCCUUCCACAGGCUCCCAGGAGAAGACAGACUGGUAACUGUGGUGAAUCAGGCAACUUCAAUUGCUUUUCCUCUCCUCCAUCCCUUCCCUGCCAUCAAAAGCAUACCUACUCUAAUUAAAACACAAAAACAACAAAAUUCAAGUUCAGCUGAUUUGUUGGUAAGCCGCACUAGAAAGGUAUACAUAGUAAUGUAUAUUUAUUUACAUACUGAAGUCCUAAAUUUAUAUUAGAAAAAAAUGUAAAUAAUCAGGGGUGAACAUUUUUGAAGAUUUAUUCUUUUUGUGUUGCUGGGGUGUAUACAUUUAUGUCUUUGUGAAAUACACUGGUGGUGUCCUUCUUACAAAACUUUUGAAAUAAAAAGAAAAUUAAAAACUCAAAUCUCCACUGUCUGUGAAAUCCCCUUCAGUCUUUUCAGAUUGCAUUGAAUGUCCUAUUAAUUUUCCAUCUCUUGUGUUGAAUUUUUGGCUAUCAUAAAUAAGUUCCAAAGUCCCCGUUCACAUUUUUUCUGUUUAAUUUUGUGUGUAGUGGCUUUGUUUCAGAUCUGGCUUCUGUUAACAUUUUCGGGCCCUUUUUUAAUCUUUUCAGUCCGGCAUAUUGCUGCUUGACCUUUUACAAGGUACUUUGAUCAAUUGCUCUUUUGGUGUACGGAAUGGAUCAUCGUCAGAACUUGAUUGGAGGGGUUUAAAGAGAUUGUGUCUGUUUUAAAUUAGUUUGAUUUGAAGAAGGACCAAAUUAUAUGAAUGUCUUACAAUGCAAAUUUAUUUGUUACUGAUCUUUUGUUGUUGUUCUGUUGUACCACUAUUUUUUGAGGAUUUUGCACAGUGUAAAAUGACAUAAUCAUAGAUUGCUAUGGUUUAGGCUGUAUAUACAGUAAAAACUAUGGGUUUUAAAUGUUUGGGGAAAUUCCUAUGGAAAAAAGAGAGAUGCGUAGAAGAACCUCUAACAAGGCUAAUGUGCAUGCCAAGGUCUUUUGAGAUUUCAGUGUGUAAAUUUCCUUUUAGCUUACACAAAAAUAAAAUAAUUUAAAAGAAAUUUAGCCUGGUGUCUUUGUAUUUGGGUACUUGAGGAAAAAUGUAACGAGUUUGGAUGUGAAAUUCUACUAAGUUUUAAUGUAUUUCAGUCUUGAAGAAAUCAUUUGGUAGGGUUUCCACUUGGUUGAACCCAGAAAAGAUUAGCAUCUGGCCCGUAAGGAAUGGAUCGGUACUUAUAGUCGCCGAGCUGUUUUUAGAUGUAGAACAUGAGAUCAUACAUAAAAGAAAUGCCAGCAAUUCAUUAUAACAUAUCUUCAUCAGAGUAUUGGCAACGUAGUGAUUAAAUAAGGAUUUGUAGUGAAUUUUUUUUUCUAAGACGAUAUUUAGAUGAAUUAAGGUGAGCAGAAAAUUUCUAAAAAGUAAUUUUAAAAUAUUGUUAUUAGAUAUUGCUUCAGCAAAAAGUCAUAGGACAUAUUUCAUAAGGAAUAGGCAGCCCAACAGUAGUCCAUCUCAUCUGCAAUGGGAGUGUUCCAGUAGAAUCCUUUCGCACCUCCUUCACUGACAGAUCCCUGUGUUGCCAGGUUAUCACACCAGCCAUUGGACAGUGGCCUGACUUGUCUUUUUCGGAGAAGGCCCUCCUUCCUUCAGAACAGUCCCAAGUCUUCAGGACCCAGUAGACCUGAAUGGAAGGAGAUAACCCAAAAUAUUCCUUGGCAGAACUUAACAUGUUUCAUUAAUUAAAACUUAAAAGGACUACUACAGUAUAUUACAACUAAAUUGUCAUGGCAAACUCUCAACCAACCUAAGUUCAGCCCACUUAGUAGCUGUGUUCUCAUGAGAAAGUUAAUCAACUUCUCUGAGCUUUACUUAUUAUCUAUAAGAAUAGAAAUACUACUACUACCUACCUUGUGGGGUUGGUGUAUUAAAUAACAUAUAAAACACUUGCCACAUGAAUAGACAGUCAAUAAAUGGUAGCCAAAGUGUUGAGUCAGCAAAACCUGUGAACUCUUCAUGGAUUCUGGGUAGAUUGAAGAAGCGGUCACAGGAGAAAGGAUCACUUAAAAUAUCAGAUUAUUGUAGUAUUUAAAAACAACCAAGUGUACUCAUGAAACUGAGCCUGCUUUAAUGACUCACAGAAUAAAUGUUUCAUCUUAUAACCGCUUUUAGAUAAGGGAGAUUUCCCUUUUGUUUGUCAUGUUGGCCCUUGAUGUUUUAAUCACAAGAGGUAUGCUAACACUGGAUUGUCUUGAGAACUAAAAGUGCUCUGCCUUGAACCAGACCAGGGCUUGAAUUGCACCAGAAGGCAAUAGCCGCAUCUGGUCCAGGGAAAGGCCUUCAGCUGCAAACUCAUCUUUGUCAUCAGCUCCUUCUGGUGGCAGCUGCCCACUUGUCGUUCUCAAAGUCAACCAGGAGGACCCUGCAGAGCUGAGGAGAAGAAACCAAGGAGUCAGAGCUCCUAAAGGCCAAAUCACACUCAGCGGAGAUUGGUUUAGCAGUCAGCUUUGUGCCUUUGACAUCUUAAAACCAGCUCACUCCCCCGACAGGCACAUCCCACUGAUGACCAAAUUGAAAAAGCCAUACAGAAUCCCCCUGGUCAGUCCAAGCCAGACUGGCCAGUAUCGGAAAAAAAUGCCCUAAGCUGGGUCAUGUGUCACUACGCUGUCUCAAUGAGUCAUCCUUUUAUAUAGAAACUUGUUCUUCCCACUACAUGAUUAUUGUGUUCUUUAUUUAGAACUUGUCAUCCUUUUGUUCCUUCUUUCUUGAAUCAGGAUUAGGGUUGACUGUGAGUAACAAAACCCAAAAUACUGCAUUUCGUGUAAUAAGACUCAUGUAUUUGUCACAUUUUAACUUCUCUGAAAGUGGAGUGUAUCAUACAAUUGGAUGGGGUGCCCGUUUAAUUGGCAGUAGUUUCUUUUUCUUAGUAUUGCAUAAAAUACUGCAAUGUCUUACACUCAGUGACCGAGCUGAUGAAAAAUGGUAAUUAUGGCUUAAACAGUAGAAGCUUAUUUCUUCUGUAAAAGACUGGAAGAAAGCAGUCUCGGGCUUGCCAAGUGGCUUCAUAAGAUUGUCAAGGACUGAAGCUCGUACUAUCUUGUUGCCCCACCACCCUCUACACACGGUUUCUACUUUACGGCCCUGCCAUAGGGUCCUGCCAUUGUGGAAGAAAAGAUGAAGAAGGGCACACUCCUUCCUGUUAAGGACACUUGCCGUAAUGCAGACACGCUAUUUCCAAUGACAAUCCAUCGGCCAGAACUUAGCUGCAGCGCCAUAUCUAGCUGUAAGAAAGACAGGAAUAUCUUUAUUCUGGGUGGGCAUCUAAAAAUGAAGGAGUUCUAGUACGAAGGAAGAAGGAGAGAACAGGUGUCAGUGGAGCAACCAGAAGUCUGGGCAAUCCCUAUUUUUCACUUCUCUGCCUAGACUAGCCGUAUUUCACUGCAAAAACAUAAUACAUACAGAAAUGAAUCCCGGGAUCAGAGUCUCAGGCUGCUGUCCCUCAGACCAGAAAUAUUACCUUCCUGGUGCCUUUCCAAGGAGAAAAGAAUCCAUAGAGGGCAGCCCAGGAUGGCCUGGCACCUUGGAGGAACAAAUGCUAAGACAAGUCGUGGGUGGAAGUCGAGAGGAGCCU